GUAGAAUAUGGCAUAAGUUAGAAUAAGUAGUUGAACAAUACGAAAUGUAACAGCAAAAAGUAUAUUAGGUAUUGUAACAAUUUUUUGAGCUAAAACAGAUGUAGAAAGUCGAGACACAUUAGUAAAGAAAAAGAAAAUACAAUCUGUUAUUUCAUUAUUUAAAAAUAAAUCUUCGCUCUAAGGCAUACGCUUAACGCUGCGCUGGAGUACAAAAAAUCACGUUUUCUAUUCUAAGGAUACCGUCGAAUAAAUCUUGACAUCUCCCGCCUCUCAAAUCACCUUUUCUAUACUAUGGUUGAAAAAUUGUAAUCCAAAUAUAUCCAAACUCUAUCAGAAAAAUUCAAUUUUGAUUCUUUUUAAAUUAGUUUUAGUGUCUUUCAUAUCACUCUCGACUUUCAAUCGACUUUCAAGGCCAAUUAAGAGAUCUUACUGUUUCGUCGACGGAAUCUUUUUUUCGUUUCGUCGAUACUUUAAAAUUUCUAUUUGAUCGGUAAAAUUUUAUUCCGGUUUUUGUCGACAACUUUUUUAUCCUAAAACGUCGACCAAAGCUGGCAGUGUGUAAAAGUAAUUCCCUAAACGUCGACACAAUUUUCUUCUAGCAGAAUUUAUAAACUGAACAGUGCACUGAGUGACUUGGCCAUAUGGGUUAUAAUAACUAUAGUGAAUUUUCUUCGACUAUCCAUGUCAUCGACUAUAAAGUAUUGAAACAAGUUAAAAUUAAUAACUAAUACAAUAAAAUGUACUCAGUUAUCGAAACACAGAAAGGAAAACCACGUUUACUACUUAAUGGCUAUCGGUAUUUGAAAGAUAGAACGCUUAACAAUAAUAUCUAUUGGUGUUGUGAGAAUCGAUCCAAUUGCUCUGGUCGUGCUACACAAGAAGACAAUAGUGCUCCAAUUCUUACAGCACCACACAAUCACGAACCAGAUGAAAAACGUAAUUCUUGUUAAGACUUUCGUACAAAACUAAAACGUCGAAUACGCGACGAACCAUUCUCUGGAAGGAAAUUAUUCCGUUCAGAAUCAAUAUCUGCUCAGAUAACAAAUCCAAGUGGUAUCUCGAUAUUGCCACAGUUUUUGGAAAUUAAAAACUCAUUGUAUCAUACAAAAAAUGAAAACUAUCCAUAUCUUCCAAAAUUAAUUGAUAAUAUGAAGAUUGAAGAUUUAAUGGACCGUUAUAAAAAGGGUACAUUAACUACGGAUGAUUAUCUAUCAAAAAUUAGUAAAACAAUCGAUAAAAAACAGGAGAAAAUACCAAUAACAGAUGAGACGUUUCGGAAAAAAACAGUGUCGACAAUUGAAGACAAUUAA